AUGGCCGACGGAUCCACACCGUAUCUCGAUCGUGUGUUCACUGCACGCAGCACAGACGAGUCCCGGCGUAUAUACGAUGAGUGGGCGACAACGUACGAUUCAGACAUGCAGAAGCACGCCUUCACCGCACCGCGCCUCGUCGCUGAAGGAGUUGCUCGCGGCCUGAAACUCAACCAUCUGCAUCGAGACCCGGAGCAGGUCCUGAAAGGCGUCCGGAUCGUGGAUGCCGGGUGUGGCACCGGCACGGUGGGCGUCGAGCUUGCGAGGCUGGGCGCAGAAGACACUGUUGGGCUGGACAUCAGUAACGGGAUGCUCAUGGUGGCACGGAAGAGUGGGGCUUACACGGACUUGAAGAUGGCGGAUCUGACGAAGAAGCUGGAGUUUGAAGAUGGUGGCUUUGACGCUCUCACCUGCUGCGGUACGUUUACGCAUGGACAUCUGGGUCCGGCGCCGCUUGCUGAGUUUGUAAGGAUCGUGAAAAGCGGCGGGGUUGUUGUUGCUACCGUCUUGGAUAGUCACUGGGUGGAGAAAGGCUUUGAGGCUGAAGCGGAUCGGUUAGUCAGCGCCGGUCUACGGUCUUUUUACGGGCAUCGAACGAAAAGAGAUACAAUUGAACGCUUGAUAGGUCGGAUAUCGGAUGUCGUACCGGACCGGAUCUAUGACGGGAGCUCACUGUGUGGAUUUCCGCGCGCAUUGGUGAUCUAA